UUUCAAUGUGCUAUUUAUUAUUCUACUACUUACCAUCUUGGUAUCCCAACCAGUCGACCGACCUCUAGGAGGGGAGAGAGGAACUACAUUAACUGUCUUCUAUUUUUGGUCAUUUACAUUUUCCUUUACCUUUUUUUUCCCCCUUUCCCCCCCGUUGGCCCACGAAUCCCGAUAUGUUUUUGCCAAGAUGGAGAAGGUAUGGUGUGCUUGGGCCUGUUUUGGCUCCAAAAGCCACGUCGCGCUAAAAGUCUGAUCCUCUCCUUUGUCUCCUUUUUCGAGGGAUUUUGCGGCUCUCAGGGGGAGAUGAGCACUUGGAUGGAAACCUGCCAGCCAUGAACAACCCCCCCUCUCUGCCCUCGAUGACUUCCAUCCUGGCGGGGGAAAAAAUGAAAAACAAACACGGAGGUUCUCCAAAAAUAACCCUAAGGUUAAAGUUUGGCCGGGCGGGACGGUCCUGACGCUUGAGGCUGAGGGAGCUCCUCUCCUGCAACCAGUUCGGCAAGGCUGGCCUCAACUUUCUCAGCGAAGCACCACAGAGCGCUCUCGGUGUCUCCGCCUUACACCCUUGGCUUGGCCAAUUGCUGCACGAGGAAUCUUGUCCAGCAGAGGUGUGCUUGCUCAGAGCUGGGGGCCAGAAAAGAAAUACGCUAGAUAGCGGCGCUUCGUUUCCCCCUCCUUCAGCAGUAGCUUGGGAAGAUGACCAUGAAAAAGGAGAUGGGGGGGUGGGGGCUGCAUCGAGCUGCUGGAAGGGGUUGUUUCUAAGUUUUUUUUUUUUUUUUUUUUUUUUUUUUUUAAUUUUAAUUUUUAUAUACGGGUCUCUCCCUCACUCCCAGCGUCGGGAUGGGAGGUGAAUGCGUUCCGCUAACCAAAAAGCCAUUCUUAUCUCUACCUAUGUGUCUGUCAAGUCUAGUCCUGCCUACUCCGUACUCCGUGCUGAGCCUCCGUUUACUGGCCUCGACCAAUCUCGAUGGCUACAACCAUCACGCCAGGAUCUAGUUCCCCUGGCGAAACUUCCGAGCCCGUUCACAAUCAACGUGGGCCAGGGUGGAAAGACGGCCCCGUUGUUUCGGAGACGGACAUACUCCUUGACGCGAGUACCGAACACAAGAACGAUAGCAGCGAUGGGGUGGGAGAAUCUAAAGAGUCUCCGUCUGGGUACCCUCUCCAAAGAUACUGGCGAAGGUCUCUCCUGCUAGUGAUUGUGCCACUAGGAAUCACGGCCUACUUCUGCUUGAUAGAGUGGUUUUUAAUAUCAAAAAAUGCGGCAUCCAAUCGAUAUGGUCACCGCAAUGCUCUCUGGGUCUACUAUUCGUGGUUUAUUCUCGGUGUCUUUGGCCUGGGUAUCUCCAAGUACGGACUGGCUGGCGUUGAGGCUACCAUGCUUCAGGACCGGCAUUGGCAGGUCAAGGAUGCCAUGGUCCUUCUCGUGCAUAGUGGGCAGUCCUGGUCCGGCUUUUCGGGAUGGAUGGAAUGCUUACAGAUGUCAAUUCGCCAGAGGAGAAGUGUCGUGCAACGGUUAUGGUACCUGCUGAGUUUCAUAAGCCUCAUGGUGACAAUCGCACUGCCAAUUUCGGGUCUGAGCAUGGAACUGUUUGAUGGAUUUGUUCGGACAGACAAUCCUGCGAAGGUAAUUGGGUACACAAUGGAGAACUUUGACAUCCGGGGCCCAGGCCAGGUAUACCGGCGUGGUCGUCCCCUCCUACAAGCCAGCGCUCCUCCAACCCUGCCAGGGGCUGGAGUGAUCUACACCCCACGAUACCUGGAUCGCAGCGAAUACUCUUAUCUGGAGACUUUGCCUAACACCCUCCCAGUCAACGAAUUUGCUCCGGAGCUUUUCCUUGCCCCUCAAGGACAGUAUCCAGUUCGUGGAAGUGCGUGGGGGCUCCGAUUAGGGUACAAUUGCUCUGUGGUAGAGUCUGCGUCUGAUUUUGCCCUUGUGGGCAGGAAUUCUAGUAGAGUGUUGGCGUAUAGUUCAGAUACUUUCAAUCUGUUAUCAUACCUGGAGACUGCCACAGCGUGGAACACAACCAGGGAGCACCACGAAGAUCCCCAGAAUACUAAUAUUUUCGAAUAUGCCAUGUGGCAGGUACGGUACAAAGCUACCUACGAGGAAAGUGCUCCAAUCAAUUUCAAUAACACGAUCACUUCACCAGUUUCGGGAUUGGGCAGCCCGUUGGUUAAAGCAGAGAACGGGACCUAUCAGUGUAACAAUGCUUUCUUUGACGCGAGACCACGCGGAUCAAAGAACCCAAUAGAACAUUUCGACAUACAUGGUAACAAUAUUAGCGAUGUCAUCGAACAAGCCCCCCCAGUCGGCGUCCGAUGCAGUUUUUUCUCCGAAGCGGGCACUGCCGUCCUCGAUCCGGCUUAUUCUUCCUUCCACUCCUUCGUCCCCGUUCCCGCCGUACCCAACAAUGGCACAGCAAGUCUUUACAGUUCCAAUCCCUUCGGUACCGAAGUGUCGAACCUGCUAGUUACCCUUGUCCCCGAUGGCGAGAUAUACGACCAGCUAUUUAAAUCCACGAACUCACCUCCACCGGAAUCAUACUCCAACGACUCUCGCUAUACAUACUUCCUCCAAGCGCAGAAGAUACUGGAGGCUGUCAUUCGUGCAUUUAGUGUUGAAGCCUUGCAGCUGAUGUACGAUGGCCUGCAGAAUCUUGACGGGGCAUACGAGCAUGAAACCCUGAAGGCUUCGAAACCGGGCAAGAUUCUUGGUCCUAGUACUGUCCCAGCUCUCAUCCCCAUUGUCCUUUUCUGCAUUUGGGCUUUGGGUUGUCUGGUGCUUGGUGUCACAUAUGGGUUUAGGCGGCGCUGGGCAGAGACACUGGAUGGAUACAGUUUCUUCCGGUUUGGCGCGGACCGCGUGGAGGAUAUUCGUGGACGCCCUGACCUCGUCGGUUGUAAUAAAGACUUGGAUGAAAGUGAGGGGUUGAAGGAAAUCCCUGGGCUGAUUGGUGAUUCGCUCCCCGGCGAGCAGGUGGGACAUAUUGGGCUGGUUACGAGGAGAAACGUGGCGGAUAGGAGCAAGUUAUACAUGUGAUGCUUAUUUUUAUGUUAUGGGAAUGGGAUGAUUUAAUGUAACUAAUUCGACGAAAUAAAAUAUUAAUUAUUCUUUUUGUGGA